CAUUGCUUACCUGUUGUUCAGGUCCAGCUGAUUCGAGUGAAAAUGAUUCAGUGAAGCGUCGACGUGAAAAGUCUUCCGACGUAUUCGACCAGCGCUAAAAACUAAGACUUUAUCCUUCUUUUAAUUAAAGGUCUAGUCACCUGGGUUAUAAAAGAAAAGUCUGGAUGGAAGAGGGUCUAAUGUGAGAGUUAUGGCCACUGAGAGCAAUAUGUCAAAUAUCUGCAACUACAGCCAUGAUGUCACCUUCUUCUACGGACAUGUGGGUAAGGUGAUCAGAGAGAAGUGGACCACACGAGACUAUGUUAUCAUCGGACUAGGCUUGACAGUUUGUUUGAUAGUGGUGCUGGCCAACCUGAUGGUGAUGGUAGCCAUCUUCAUGAACCGCCGCUUCCACUUCCCCAUCUACUACCUGCUGGGCAACAUGGCAGCAGCAGACCUGUUUGCAGGGCUGGCUUACACUAACCUGAUGCUGAACACAGGCCCCUGGACUCGGAUGCUUUCUAAGGAGCAGUGGUACAUCCGUGGGGCUUUGAUUGACAUCAGCCUGACUGCCUCUGUAGCCAACCUCCUGGCUGUAGCUGUGGAACGCCACCAGACCAUCAUCACCAUGCAGCUGCACAACAACAUGACAAAGAAGCGUGUGGUGCUGCUCAUCAUCUCCAUCUGGGUUGCAGGAAUUAUCAUGGGUCUGGUGCCAUCACUGUUUUGGAACUGUGAAUGUGAUCUCGAUGACUGCUCUACUGUUGCCCCCCUCUACAGCCGUCGCUUCUUAAUUUUCUGGGCAGUUCUCAACCUACUCACCUUUUUGAUUAUGCUGGUCAUUUACGCUCGCAUUUUCUUUUAUGUGAAAUGCCAGAGUCGGCACACGUCAAACCACACCUCAGAGGUACGACAUCAGACCUUCGUCAACCUGAUGAAAACCAUCUCUAUGGUUCUGGGUGCCUUUGUCAUCUGCUGGACACCUGGCCUAGUGACUCUCCUCCUGGACGGGCUGCUGGGCAAAGACAGCAACGCUAACAGCUAUGAGAAGUACUGUUUGGUGAUAGCAGAGUGCAACUCUCUGGUGAAUCCGAUAAUUUAUUCCUUGCGGGAUGCUGAGAUGCGGAGAACGUUCAAGUGGAUCCUUUGCUGUUUGUGUGGAAAAGGUGUCUGUCAGCAGAGGGAUCCUUUGUCAACAGUAAUUGACUCUCCAGUAAAAAAGGUCUUUUCUGAAGAUAACCAAAAUGCAGACAGCGAACUCUUGGCUACAAGCUAGAAGAUCAGGUGCUGUGGAAGUCUUGUGACACAAACAGUAAAGAUGACAGGUGGACAGUAACUGGUAUGAUGGAAAAUAUUAAAUAUAGUUACCCAAGUGUAAAUUUUUGUAAAUUUCAAGUUGAAGUUGAAAUAAAUUAAAAGAAAAAAUUUA